CCGUCGUCGAGAUGCUGACGGGGAAGCCGGCAUGGAAUUACAAGCCCGGGACGAACAUCUUCUUGUUCUUGAUCCGAAUCGGCGCGGGCGAUGAGUCGCCGGCUGUCCCGGAGGAAUCGUCGGCGGAAGUGAAGGAUUUCCUGUCCAAUUGCUUCGUGAAGGAUCCCGCGGCGAGGUGGACCGCCGCGAUGCUUCUUGAACAUCCGUUCCUUAGCGCCGGCGAAAUCGGAAACGGAGACGAAACACGAAAGAACGCCGUUUGCUGUUCGGGAGUGGAAUUUCCAUCGGUGUGACGGUGUCCCCGCGGUGCUCGUUCGAUUUCCCCGAGCGGGUGUCGUCGUCAGUCCAAUCUUCACCAGCCCGAUCGGAAUUCGAAUCGAACCCGUUCGAUUCGUUGAGCUGCUCCACCACCUCGCCAGCGGAAAGAAUCCGGCAGCUGAUGGGCAGCGAGUUGAGUUGGGGAGAUUGAGAGAGCUGGCUGGUAGUGAGGUGAUGAUGAUGAUGGAGACAAAGAAGAGAACUUUUUUUUUCUUAAGGAAAGCAAUUUGGACAGAUAUUUAGUAAUUCUUAUUUUUCCAAUUUUAAAUUAGGGUGGUGACUGGUGAGCAAUUUUUGGUUCCUGACUGGGUUUCUUCAUCUAACAAAUUUAAUUGAUUCAU